UUGUCGUUCUCGUCCGUUCUAUCUCGCGAGAAGUCCGACGACCUUUGGCACAGUUUUGUUUCUGCAGCGCUAAGGAGCAAGCAGCCACAACAAGGGUCCACGAUGAACAGAGCUUUGAACAAAACAAGUCUGAAACAACUGACUGGUCUCCUCCAAAGGUUUCAAAGCACCUUGGUGGUUGCGGAGCACAACAAUGAGAAGCUGACGCCUAUAACACUCAAUGCCAUCACUGCCGCCAGUAAGCUCGGGGGAGAGGUGGCAUGUCUGGUUGCUGGAACAAACUGUGCACAGGUCGCGGAGCAAAUCAGCAAAGUACAAGGUGUGAAGAAGGUCCUGGUUGCUCAACAUGAUUCUUACAAAGGUUUUCUGCCAGAGGAGCUGACUCCACUUAUCCUGCAAACACAAAAGCAAUUCAAUUUCACCCACAUCUGCGCUGGUGCAUCUGCCUUUGGAAAGAACUUGCUUCCCAGAGUGGCUGCCAAGCUGGAUGUUGCUCCAGUUUCAGAUAUUAUCGAGAUCAAGUCCCCAGACACUUUUGUCAGAACCAUUUAUGCUGGAAAUGCUCUCAGCACUGUGAAAUGUAACGAGGCAAUCAAGAUCUUCACCGUCAGAGGGACUUCCUUUGAGCCAGCUCCAUUAGAGGGAGGAAGUGCUACAUCAGAAGAUGUUGCUGCUUCUUCUGCCACUGGAGUUUCUGAGUGGGUUGAACAGACUCUGACAAAGAGUGACCGUCCAGAGCUGACCAGCGCCAAGGUUGUGGUGUCAGGAGGAAGGGGUUUGAAGAGUGGAGAUAACUUCAAGCUGCUGUAUGACCUUGCUGAUAAGAUGAAUGCUGCAGUUGGUGCAUCCAGAGCUGCAGUGGAUGCUGGGUAUGUCCCGAAUGACAUGCAGGUCGGACAGACGGGCAAGAUUGUAGCACCGGAGUUGUACAUUGCUGUAGGUAUCUCUGGAGCCAUUCAACACCUGGCUGGAAUGAAAGAUAGCAAGACUAUUGUUGCUAUCAACAAGGACCCAGAAGCUCCCAUUUUCCAGGUGGCUGACUAUGGCCUGGUCGCUGAUCUUUUCAAGGCUGUUCCUGAGAUGACUGCGGCUCUGGACAAGUGAGGACAAACCAAACUUCCAUCACACAUACGAGACCAGCAGGAUUCAGAGAGCGACCGCAGGAACACAUGGCCACUGCCUUAAUAUAUUUCUGAGUGUUUGUGGGCAGAAAUAAUUGUUAACAUCUUGUUUCUGACUGGAAACAGAAGAACACUCUCAAUCGCGAUAUAGAUGCCAGUUUUUAAAAAUACUAAAAAAAAAAACAAUAAAUAUCAAUAAAUAAGCGUGUAUGUACCUUUUGGGGGUGUUUUUCCUCCCUAUAGUCGUCUUGCUUGUAAUUUGUAUGUAAUUUUACUGGGACUGUAAAGGACAUCUUUGGGAAUGUUGAUGUGCUGUUGUAGUUGACUAAGAUGUAACUCUUCACGCCAUAGUAGAGGAUGUACCUACUGAGAUGCUCUUGGGAAUGUGAAUAUGUAUUAAAUCGACAACUAAUGGUU